AUGAGAAACCCAACAGCAACAGCAACAGAAACAAACAAGAACAAGAAGAGUAAUGACAGUGGUGGUAGUAACAGCAAUAACAAUGGCACUGUUACUCCAUGUUGCAGCAAGGUUGGGUUGAAGAGAGGGCCAUGGACACCAGAAGAAGAUGAGGUGUUAGCGAAUUACAUAAAGAAAGAAGGAGAAGGGCGUUGGAGAACACUCCCCAAAAGAGCUGGACUUCACCGAUGUGGUAAGAGUUGUCGCCUCCGUUGGAUGAACUAUCUUCGCCCUUCCGUCAAACGGGGCCACAUCGCUCCAGAUGAGGAAGAUCUCAUCCUUCGUCUUCAUCGCCUUCUUGGAAAUAGGUGGUCUUUGAUUGCUGGGAGAAUUCCUGGGCGAACGGAUAAUGAGAUAAAGAAUUAUUGGAACACCCAUCUAAGCAAGAAGCUUAUUAGCCAAGGGAUUGAUCCCAGAACCCAUAAGCCUUUGAACCCACCUUCCGUUCCUUCUUCUUCUAUUUCUACUGUUCCAUCUUCUAAAUCUGUUCCUAUAAUUAUUGGGAAUCAUCAGAACCCUUCUACUCGUCAGGAUCUUAUUAUUAAUGUAAACCAAGAAAUUGAUCUUUUGGGUCAAUAUCAACAACUUCAAGGAGCUGGGAAUAUAGUAAAUAAUGAUAAUGCAUAUGGUGAUGACAAUAUUAAUCCAGCAACUACUGGCACCGACGAUGUUUCUGCAAUGGGUUUCAUUAACAAUGAGGAAUGCGAGGAUGAUAUCAAUGUGAAUUAUUGUUCUGACGAUGUCUUUUCUUCCUUCCUCAACUCUUUGAUCAACGAGGAUGCUUUUGCAUCUCAGCAGCACCACAUGCAAUCAGAACCACCCAAUGGGCAUGGCAUUCCACUGCCUAAUUCUGAUGAUCGUAUUCAGGAUCCUUUGAUUUCAAUCACCACUUCAUCUGCAACACAAGCAUAUGAUGAUGGACUUGGUGUUCUGUGGGAAUCGCCACUCAUGCCUGCUACUUUCAGUCAAAAUGACCCCAACACCAAGAGGGUUCUUGAUCAACCUGAAUAG